UUUGAUUCUAACAUUCCGCUUGGAAAUACUUGUUCAGCAGAAGGUCUGGAAAGAGGAUGCUGUCUCGUCAUUCUGUGCGUUGUGCGCAUGCAGCCGCUUCCGCUCGCGCUCAAGCUAGUAAGGCCACCGAGCAGGUCACCAAACUGUCAAGUGGACUGACGGUCGCUUCUGUGGAUCAUCAGGGCCCUAUUAGCCAAUUGGUGCUACUUUUCCGCGCAGGUUCACGCUACGAAACAUCUAGUCAGCAUGGGCUUGUUCAUCAUUUGCGUAAUUCCGUGGGCACAGACAGUCCGCUUUAUCCUGGGCUUAGCCUUUUGUGGAGCUCUGCAGUCAGCGGAGGGCAAGUGAAAGCUUUCUCAACACGUGACGUAUACGGAGUGUCUUUGGCACUACCUCGUGACGAGAUGUCCAUUGGAGUCUCGAUUCUUGGACACAUAGCCCAACCAGCGUGCAAGCCGUGGGAGCUAGAGGAUGUCGUCUUAACUCUCAAAUCCGACAACGUUUACAAGCAACCAUAUGAUGUGGUUUAUGAAGAUCUUCACCGUGCUGCAUAUCGUGAUGGGUCUUUGGGAAGAUCUGUGUAUGCUUCUAAAGACAGCAUUGGCAAGAUUCACUACAAAACCUUGGUCGACUUUGUUAACAAGCAUCUUACCACCGAGCAAGCGGUACUCUAUGGAUUGAAUACAGAGCACAACCGUAUGGUAGUGUACGGUGAAACCCAUGCUCCAUUGAACAAUGGGCAGAAAAUCGAAGCCGCCCCUAGCCCUUACAAGGGUGGAGAAUGGCGCCAUCCUGCUGGUGGAUCGCUCUCUCAUGUCAUGUUAGCUGGUGAAGGAGCACCGCUGAGCGACGCUAAAGCGAUGGCUGUGCAGGCAGUCCUCCUCGCAUCUCUGGGCAGAGAAUCUGCUGUGCAGUUUUCUGGAAAUUCCCCGAAUGCUGCUGUUUCAAGAGCGGUUGGUGAGAACGCAGCCGUCUCAGCUUUCCAAGCAUCCUAUCAAGACAGUGGACUUGCUGGCGUUUACAUUGUUGGCGACAGCAAACAUAUUGCCAAAGCAGUCAGCUCAGCUGCAUCUGCCAUCAAGAAUUACAAGUGCACUGACCUUGAAGCUGCCAAGCGCGUCGCUGCCAAUGAACUGCUGCGAGCGUCUGCUCACACGUAUCCGUCAGCCAUCGAACGUGCCAUACAGAUUUCUGCUGGACUUACAAGUGAAGGAGCUAUACUGGAAGCUGUAAAAAAUGUAACGGGCGAUGAAGUGGAUGCUGCUGCUAAAAAGAUUUCGAAAAAACUUUCGCUCUCGUGCUACGGAAACGUCGAUCAUGUUCCAUACCUCGAUACGUUGUAGAAGAUCUUCUGAGUGGUGAUAUAGUCUACCUCUCCAGUCGAAGGAAGUUUGACGUACUCUAGCUCAUAGGUUUCAAUAGAUAAUUAUUUUGUGGACCUGGACUUUGAAUGAACAUGUUUUUAAAGAC